GUCACGUCCGCACAUGAACUUGAAUUUUCAUCCCAUCGCAGGGAGCCACAGACACACACACACACACAGAGCGGAGAGACAGAAAGAGAGAAGAGAGUGAGAGAGAGAGAGACAGAGAGAAGAGAAAGGACAGAGAGCUCCCGGACAAGCAGGACGCAAGAGAAAGACACGCGGGGAGAAAAGAGAGGAAAAGAAAGGACAGAGCUUUUUCUCGCAGGUGUCCAGGUGCUUUUAAAAGAAAGAAAGAAUAAAGAAAUUAAGAAGAGAAAUAAGAAGAGAAUAGAGGAGGUGGUGGUGGUGGAGGUGAAGCCUGAUGUGGCCGGAGCGCACAGAGGAGCAGAGCGCAGGGAGCCGGAGGAGCGCGCAGUCGGAAACACCGCGCCAGCACUGAGCUCGCGCUCUGCCGCGGACACACAGCGCACACACACACUCACACACACUCACACACACACUCACUCACACUGACAUACACACACACACCACCGGGAUCAUCACAUUAUUAGAUUAAUGCAUUAUUCUUUCUAACCAAACCGAAACAGCACGUGCAUGCAUGAUCCGGAGCGGCUGAGCUUCCUCGAGCUUCUUCGUCCUCAAAAAAAAAAAAAAAAAAAUUCAGUCAUUCAAAAAAAAAAAAAAAAUUAUUUCGAAAGGAUAUUGGACAAACACGUCGCCCUUUUCUUCACCUUCUUCUUGUUCAUCGUCUUCACCCUCACCUGAGCGCCUAAGAGCCUGAAACCGAGCGCGUGGGCGAGUCAACAAACUCCAAAAAGUUCCUCCAUAAAAAUAAAAGAAAGAAAGAAAGAAAGAGAGAGAAAGAAGAAGAAGAAAGGAAGAAAGGAAAAAAAAAAGGACACGGAGAAUCUGAGUACGCCGGGGAUGCCACUGUAGCUGCCACUGUAGCUGCCAGUGUAGAUGCCAGUGUAGAUGCCAGGCAGGGCGAUGUCCCGUCGCAAGCAGGGAAACCCUCAGCAUCUAUCACAGAGGGAGAUUAUAAGCACUGAAUCAGAGCAUGUGGAUGCAGACCUGUCACUGGCCGAGCUCGCCGGCCACCACACCCACCACAUGCUGCUGGACCCUAACAUGGUCGCCCCUCUGCCUCCGGGCCUGGGAGACCACGACCUCCUGACGUGUGGACAGUGUCAGGAGACCUUCCCGCUGGGCCACAUCCUGCUCUUCAUCGAGCACAAGAAGAAGCAGUGUCACGGCCCAGCCGGCACCCACGGCUGCUACGACAAGAUGGCGGACCGCAGCAGCCCCUCGCCGCCGCGCGCCGAGCUGAGGAAGGUGGAGGAACCGGUCGAAAUCGGAAUCCAGGUGACACCCGAGGACGAGGACGAGAGGCUGCUGACGCCUCUGAAAGGAAUUUGCCCUAAGCAAGAGAGCGGCCUGGCAGGUAGAGAUGAACCUUCCAGCUACGUGUGCACGACAUGCAAGCAACACUUCCCCAGCGCCUGGUUCCUCCUGCAGCAUGCCCAGAACACUCAUGGGAUGCGCAUCUACCUGGAGCACAAUGGCUCCAACACCUCGCUCACGCCACGGAUCACUCUUCCUCCUCCCAUUGGAGCUGAGUCCAUACCCCAGUCCCCUCUGACCAACUUCUUAGGGGAAAACAACCCCUUCCAUCUGCUCCGUAUGACCGGGCCGCUGCUCCGAGAACCCACCCCGGGCUUUGUCGAGAACCGUCUCCCAAACACCCCCCCUUUUGUUAGUCCCCCUCCACGUCACCACCUAGAUCCCCAUCGCCUGGAACGCCUUAGCGCCGAGGAAAUGGGCUUGAUUUCCCAGCAUCCCAGUGCCUUCGAGAGAGUGAUGCGCUUGACACCCAUGGCCAUGGAGACCCAGUCCAUGGAUUUCUCGCGACGUCUGCGAGAGCUGGCGAGCAACAACAACUCCACCCCUCCGCUCUCACCCAGUCGUGCCAACCCUAUGCACCGCCUGCUCAAUCCUAAUCCCUUCCAGCCUAACCGCAAGUCACCCUUCCUCAGCACCCCUCCACUUCCGCCAAUGCCCCCAAACAGCACCACGCCACCUCAGACACAGGACAAGAGCAAAUCCUGCGAAUUCUGUGGGAAGACCUUCAAGUUCCAGAGCAACCUGAUAGUGCACCGGCGAAGCCACACAGGGGAGAAGCCCUACAAGUGCCAGCUGUGUGAUCACGCCUGCUCCCAGGCCAGCAAGCUGAAGCGCCACAUGAAGACCCACAUGCACAAACCCAGCUCAGUGACGGGUCGCUCAGAUGAUGGCCUUUCUACCACCAGUUCACCUGAACCAGGCACUAGCGAUGUCACAGGCGAUCCCAUGAAAAACAGGGAUGGUGACUUCCAAGGCGAGGGACUGGGGCCAGACAAUGAAGAAGAGGAGGAGGAAGAAGAAGAGGAGGAACUGGAGAACGAGAGUAGGCCAGAGUCAAACUUCAGCAUGGACUCUGAGUUAAGCCGUAACAGGGAGAAUGGCUCCAAACCCCCAAAUGAUGAGAAGAGCCUCUCCUUGGGGAAAAUGGUAGACAAUGUGGGGCUGAACUCUAUUCAGCAGUACAAUAACUUGAUCGUUGACAAUCGUAAAAGGCUUCCCUUCUCAAAGAGGGGCUCUGAUGGACACAGAGACACAGGCGAUGAGGACUCUGUGGUAGAGGAAAUGGAUCACGUGGAGCGGGCCACCAUAAACGGCAGGAACUGUGGCUCAGGUGAUUCUUUCUCAGGCCUGUUCCCCCGCAAGCCCACCCCUAUCACCAGUCCCAGCCUCUCCAACACCUCUAAAAGGAUCAAAAUAGAGAAAGACUUGGACAUGCCCCCAGCAUCUCUAAUCCCCUCAGAGAACGUAUACUCCCAAUGGCUGGUUGGUUAUGCAGCAUCACGGCACUUCAUCAAAGACCCCUUCCUCGGCUUCACCGAUUCCAGACAAUCACCUUUCGCCACCUCGUCCGAGCACUCGUCGGAAAACGGCAGCCUGCGGUUCUCCACUCCUCCUGGGGACCUGUUGGAUGGGGGCCUUUCUGGACGCAGUGGCACUGCCAGCGGUGGUAGCACGCCUCAUCUGUCUGGAGGCCAGGGACCAGGACGUCCUAGCUCCAAAGAGAGCCGGCGCAGCGACACGUGCGAGUUCUGUGGCAAGGUUUUCAAGAACUGCAGCAACCUGACGGUGCAUCGACGCAGCCACACGGGCGAAAGGCCCUACAAGUGCGAGCUGUGCAACUACGCCUGUGCGCAGAGCAGCAAGCUCACUCGCCACAUGAAGACGCACGGGCAGCUCGGUAAGGAAGUGUACCGCUGUGACAUUUGCCAAAUGCCAUUUAGCGUCUACAGCACGCUAGAGAAACACAUGAAAAAGUGGCAUGGCGAACAUUUGAUGACGAACGAGGUCAAAAUUGAACAAGCUGAGAGAAGCUAAGCCAGAUUUCCCAUUUUGCCUCACAAUUCCUUGAAUAUAUAUAUUAAAAAAAGGGUAGCUGGAUACUCUGUUUUCCUUUUCAAAUAACAAUAAUUUGAAUUAGAUUUGCCUAAGAAACUGCCAUCUGAGGAUAAUAAAAAAAAAGACAGAAGCUAAGAGAAAUUGGAGCGGGUCUAAACUGCCUAAUUUGGCAUUUUUUUUCAGUCUGUCAUUCUAACAAUGGACGAAUUAGAUGAUGUUUAAAUGGAGCCUUUAACUGUGCAAUAAUUUCUGUAUUUAUUGGAUUUCGUAAUGUUUUGGCAUGUGCAGGUGCAUUUUUCUUUCGUUUUUUGUUCAUUGUCUUACUUUUAAAUACAAAUGCUGUGAUUUAUUUUUUGCUGUUGUUUUAAAACCCAGACAAAACAAAAACCUGAGAUUUAAUUUUUAUCCAUUACAGAGUACAAUUUGAGAGAUCUUUAGGCCGCUGCUCAUGAAAUUGUAUAUUUAAGCUACAUGUAAUUUCUUGAAGAGAAGCCGGGUUCAAGCUGCGACUUUUUAACGGAACUGAGAAAGCUAUCGUUUUUGUUUGUUUGUUUUAGUCAUAUUAGGAUAUAAGCGGACAACAAUCCUUAGACUUUGUAGCGUGAACUGAUUUCAGACGCGUCAAUCCAUCCAUGAUUGGAAAUGUAGCACUGAAUGUCGGAUGUGACAGUAAACCCGGAGGAUCGUGGAGCUCAGGUUCUACGUAACUCAGAGAGGGAAGGUAGUUCUGGUACUAAGUACCGAUCCAGACGAGACCAAUCAAGCAAAAAAGAAAAAAAAAAAAACAAGAAUUUGCUUUAGUUCUUGCUCAGAUGCUAAAAAGUGUACAACCUUGAUUACUUACAAUAGGUCUUUUUCUUUUCUCGAGUCGUUUGCUCGGACAUUUCCUGAGCAGGACAAACAGAGCAAAUUCCGACUAUCAACAUGACUACCUAACUAGCUAUGAUUAGCGCCACGUUUUUAGACAUUUAUGGCUAAUUAUACCCACACUGCCAUUCCACAGACAGCCAUACAGUCUUAUAUGGGUUGAUAUCGAAAGAUUAUGCAGGAGAAAUACUAUUUAUCUUAGCUAGCACCUCUGCUUCUAAUAAUCUGAUGUACAUGGAUAGACUUUCAGGACGAAAUGUUGAACCGAUUUAGCCGGAUUAGCAGAAAGAUUCAGUCAUACACUCAUUAAUGAUGUGUCAAAGUGCAUUUUUAUGUAUAUACCAAUUUGCAAUCAUUUUGAGAAUUCAAUUCAUAAUGUACUGUAAAAGAUGAAUUACGUACACAAAAAGUCGUAUGCACGGAAUAAACAGAAAAAAAUAUAUAUGUUUGAAUCUGUUUAAGCGAAAACAGUAAGACUUUCUUUUUCUUUCUCUCUUCUCAUUCAGGACUUCCUGUGAUGUGUAGUUGAAGUAGCAACACGCAUAAAGAAUGCGCAGCUGAAAGUUUUUUAAAGCUCCACAUUUCCCCUUCCCUUCCCCCUCCUCCCACUCUUUUUUUUUUUUUUUCUUUUUUUUUCUUUUUUUUUUCCCUUUUCUCUCGACGAUCGUUCCCAUCACCUAAAAACACGACCACGAUUCGUAUUUUACCGCAGCAGGGCCGACAAUUUAUAGAAUCGAGGAGAUAUCACGGUUUAAAAAAAAAAAAAAAAAAGAAAAGAAAAAAGAAGAAGGAAAAAAGAAGAGAGAAAAAUCAGAAAAAAUCAUCUCUUUUGCAGUUCGUUCCCCCGCACUUUAUGAUUUGUUUUGUGCAUUUACGGCGUCACGGAGAAAACGGCUUCUGAGCAAGAAAUUAUGCGGAAAAAGGAUUUUUUUUAAAUUAAUUAAUUUUUUUAUUUUUUUUUAUUUUUAAAGUUUUGCGAAAGGGAUCAUCUGAGAUUCAAGUGCCCGUGUUGCAAGGCUUGGCUUUCAUGACACAGGCACUAUAAAAAAGUAAAAUUAAUUUAUUUGGACGGUUUUUGUACUGCCGUAUCAAUUUGACAUGAGUGUGCCUUGAAUACUGAAUACUGAUCUUCCUAUUUAUUGUCUCUCAAAAGACAAAAUGCAACUUUUUUUGGGGGGGGUGCAAAUAAAUAACUAACUAACUAAAUAAAUAAAUAAAACAAAUAAAUGAAUGAAAAGUCUGUAGAUUUAAUCUGCUUCUGAAAAAAUGAACGAAUCGGUGAUCGGAAAUAAUUCUUGAAAAAAGAAUCUCGAUAACGAGUAAGUAAACAGCACAAUAGUGUGUGUGAUGUGUGUGUGUUUGUAGAUAUGUAUGCACAUGUACAUGUAGCACAAACACACACACACACCAUACACGUAUAUAUAUGUAUAUUUCUUCACUUCAGGAUAUGACGCAAACCCUUAAAAAAAAAAAAAUUUUUUUUUUUUACUUUUAUUUUCAUCCCACUCCCCCAUUUUUUUUCCUCUCUCUCUCUCUCUCUCUCUCUUUUUUUUUUUUUUUUUUUUUUUUGCAACAAUUAGAAAAGGAAGA